AUGCUUCUGGAUCAAGAUCUCCGUUUUGAUGAUGUUGAUGCUGGAUCUAAUCGCAUCCCUCCUACUGAAGCAACUGAUGCUGAGGCUGAUGCAGAAUCAACGCAAAACUUUCCUACAACUCAAAGACCCUCAUCUUCCAAUAUUGUCAAUGGCAGCAACAACGACAAUGGUCUCUCGUCUUCCACUAGGCCUAGGGCUAAUAAAAAAAGAUCAAGAGCUGUGCAAGGAGGACAAGAUGUAGCACAAGUGAUUAGGGAUAGUGUGAAAUCACGUGACAAGAUUCUUGCCCACAAGAACCAACAAAUAGAGAACCAUCCAGAGUUUAGUUGCUCUCAGCUUAGAGCAAUGGAAGUUCUACACUCGCUGCGUGCUAUAAAGAUGUGUCUCCUUUGUACAAGGCAGGAACUGGUGAAAGCAGGGAUGCCAGAAGACCAUUUAGGAAAUCUAGUAUCUUUCAAUGUUUCUUUUCUUAUGAACAAGUUUCUUUUCACAAGACCAUCUUAUUUUGUGUAUGACAAACAAGUUUACUUUUUGAGAAUGAAAUUUGUCUUAUCUGUGUUCUAA